AUGGUUGUUUUGGAAGACGCCAUCAAUACCGCUUUGGUAAGGGAAGAAAGCCGUGUUCAGCAUCCCAUCUAUUAUAUGAGCAAAAGACUCCUCGGGGCAGAGUCUAGAUACCCGAUGAUGGAGAAGUUAACCAUUUGCUUAAUGGUUGCCUCUAGAAGGCUAAGACCCCACUUCCAGGCACAUCCAAUUAAGGUCCUCACAAACCAUCCCCUUAGACAAGUCCUUCAGAAACCUGAGUCAUCGGGAAGGCUCUUAAAGUGGUCGGUGGAGCUGAGUCAAAUUGACAUCACCUAUCAUCUGAGGAUUUCCAUAAAGGGUCAGGCACUCAUCGAUUUCAUUAUCGAGUGCACCCCAGUGUUUGGAGUAGCCUGGAAGUUGUUUGUGGAUGGGUCUUCAAACAAAAAUGGCACUGGGGCAGGGCUUAUUUUGGUUUCCCCCGAGGGACAUAGGGUGCAUAGUGCCCUCCGCUUUGGGUUUAGCGCCUCUAACAAUGAAGCGGAGUACAAAGCCUUAAUCGCUGGGCACCACAUGGCACUGGAGCUCAAGGCUGAAGGAGUCGAGAUCUUUAGCGAUUCCCAACUCGUGGUUAACCAAGUUCUCGGAGAUACUGCAGGAGAAAAUUCUAAUGCGGACGCCCUGGCUAAACUGGCCACGACCAAAGAUGCUGAAUUAAUCAACGUCGUCCCUAUUGACUACUUGGAGUCUCCGAGUAUCUCGGAUUCAGACGAGGUGGAGUCAAUAGAACCCCAGAUUGGGUGGAUGGAGCCAAUAGUUAAAUACCUUGUCUCCGGGGAGUUGCCCCAAGAAAAGAAAGUCGCUCAGAAGUUGCUAUACCAAGUACCGAGGAAGAUAGUCUCCGAAAACGGAUGGCAGUUCAACAGUGAAGUGUUCACGGAAUUCUGUCAACGGUAUGGUGUCAUCAAGAACUUCUCUUCCGUGGCCCAUCCGCAGGGCAAUGGCCAAGUGGAGGCAGUUAACAAGACACUUAAGUCCACUUUGAAGAAAAGGCUGGAGCAAGCAAAAGGAGCUUGGCCUGAGGAGCUGCUUGGGGCAUUAUGGAGCUACCGCACCACUGCUCGGACCUCCACCGGCCAUUCUCCCUUCUCGAUGGCCUACGGGUAUGAGGCUAUGCUCCCAGUUGAAGCAGUAAUCUCCACACACCGACGGGAUACGUGUGAUCCAACCACAAACCAUGCUUUACUUCAAGAGUCCCUGGACCUCAUAGAGGAGCUACGCGAAGCUUCUCAUCUUCGAGUAGCGUCCCACCAGCAUAAGUUGUGUAAGAGCACCUGUUUGCCUACACAAGUGAUCGCAGACUAG